AUGGCGCCGCCCGUAAAAAAAAAGCAGAAAACCAGCGCCGCGGCUACUUCUUCCCCAACUCCCAUCGUUUUCCAAUCGCCUGGUCUUCAAGCCGAUGUUCGCCUUAUGGUCUUUGAUCAGGAGUUCCACGUCCAUUCAGUCAUCCUGAAGCUUUACUCUGCUUUCUUCAGGAAGUUUCUCGAUUCGCCAGAUAAGGCAGCCGCCGUAGAGGCAGCCAGUACCGGGGCUCUGCCUGCACAAUGGUCUACACCGACGAAGUUCAAAUAUGAAUGGGUCACGAAGCUUGAUAAAGAUGCCGAAUCUGACCAAGAGGGCAACUGGCACUUGAUUGCCGCUACCAGUACAAUGAAGGAGCCCAUCAAUCUCUCAGAAUACAGGGGCUACAAGAAAUACCAGUCGAAGGCCUUUGAAAAACUGCUUUGUGCCAUGUACCUCAAACCAUAUAAGAUCAGAAACUGCACGGAGCUCACAACUAUGACCGGGCUGGCCGAUUACUAUUGCGCGCUUCCAGUUCUUUCCCAUACUCUUGAUGGAGCAUUCAUGAGAAGUCCUAUGCUUGUAGCUUCGAUCCGAAGCAUUCCCUGCGAAACCCUUGCCUUGGCUGCAAAGCUUAGGAACUCUACGUUGUUCAGAGAGUGUCUCAUAUGGGUCCUAGGCCCUUGGGGGGAUGAGUGUUGGGAACAAUUGGAGGACCCCAAACUGAAGAAGAUUGCUAAAAUUGCUCGGCACGAAUUGUCUCACAAGAUCGCGAAGGUGCAGGAAGCCAUUACCAGGGCCAUAGAGGCCGCCGACGAUUCAUCACUUGAAUAUUUCACGGAAUACUUGCGGGAUGCGGCGAUUGAAGCCCGUGAGGAAGGGCCCGAGUAUUUAAGCAUGCCUCGUUAUUUCCUGAAGUUCCACGAGAAGCUGGAGGCUGGGUAUGUCUGCCUUGAUUUCAACGAUACGGGUGUGGACGAGGUAAGUUUGGAUGUGCUGAUGGAAAGUAAUCUUGUGCUGGAGCAGCAGCAACAGGCAGGGAAGUUAGAGAUGCGUGUGAUCAUUUCUUGUGUGUUAGCAUCGAUGACGAAGAUCUUCCCUGGGACACCACAGAGAUGGAUUGGUGAGGAACAAUACCUCAUCAACAAUGGUGAAACCAAAGAAUUUUAUCACUCUAAAUCGGAGUUCUUCAACACUGGACUAGUGCUGUUUUACAGAUCUUGUCGCGACUUUGGCACGUUGCAUCUCAACAACUACUACCCUUUCGAUUCUCUGCAUAAUAGGCUAAGACAGACAUCUCACUUACUUAUUCUCAAAGUGAUGCCUUUCUCUAAUUCGACGCCCCCCUUAACGCCAUAG